GUAUGACAGCUUCCAGUUUUUCACAACAAAAACAGAAAAGCAAUAGGGGCAUUCGGCUGUAGCAAAACAUAGCGUAUUGCGUAUUGUGCUAGUGUGGUUCAAAUUGUUCUGAAUUUGCUUGAAAUUGUGACUGGAACAACGUUGUUUCGUUGGAUAAUGUAAACCUUGUGGGGAUUUGGCAACAAAAGCCAACCAAGCAAGUGGCGAAGACGACGCCGUCCCGUACUGCGUGCACUCCAGUGUGUUUGUGUGUGAAUGAAAACAAUGAAGAGAAGCAGCAGGAGGAGCAGCAGCAUCAUUGGUAGUAGCACCGAUAGCAGCAGUGCAUGAUUUGCAAUCGAGCGUGAAUCUAGAUUCGAUGCGUAUAAAUACAUUGGCCAGAAGCGACGAAACUUAAUACGGUACGCAUAAACAUUCGCACACGAACGCACACAGGCGUAACCAAUAGAUUUGUCGGUGUGGAACAAGUGCAGCGGAAUACAACGACGCUGCAGCAGUCAUCCAGUCACGAUACGUUCGAGUGAUUUUUUUGUUGUUUGCGGGCGGAGAAAUCUUCGUUGAACUGUCUAGUGGCCGCGAAAAGGUUCAUUUUUGUGUAUACGAACGCUGCCAGCUUCUGCAUCUCGCCAAGGACGCUGCCUGCUAUCCAGCUGUGAAGGAAGCUAAGCAAAUCCUUUGGGAAUCGUUCAUUUCCCUCCCCCCCAACUAGGGUUUCGGGGUGACGAAUGCAGCAUGACGGUGGUUUAUCCACGCAAAAUGUUGGCCCGAUUCCAUCCGUACCAUGGUCAGAACAUUAUACUGUUUAACGAGAACACGGUCGCCUACCGGAAGGCCAGUUUCGGUAAUGCACUCACGUUUAGCGAAAAACCGUUGCAGCCGGGUGAAAUCUUCCUGCUAGAAAUCGAGAAAAACGAGCGAGGAUGGAGCGGUCACAUGCGAUUGGGUCUUACCCAGCUAGACAUUAAACCGGCUUCCGCACUCCAGUACGCCCUGCCAGAUUUAGCGAAUCUUGGCCACAGUUGGGUGUUUCCUAUCACGCGUACGGUCGGCAACUCGAUGCUCAAAAGCAACAUCCUUGGCAAUGGGAUCAACGUGAAAACGUCACGCGGCGUGUUUCCGCGCAGUCUGCUCAAACCAAUCUCGCAGGAUGGUGGUGCCAGCACGGACAUUCUACCUACGGAUACAAACUCCCGGAUCGGUGUCAUCUUCGUGCCAAGCGAGCAUGAAGCGGACAAGGCCGAGAUGCACUUUAUCAUCAACGGCGAAGACCAAGGACCGUGCACGAAUGACAUCCCCUACACGAAGGGCGCACUGCACGUGGUGAUUGAUGUGUACGGUACGACGAAGCAAGUAAAGAUCAUCCAGCUGUACGGCAUCUCCACGCUGCAGGGUGCAUGCCGUGACGCGAUACUGGCGCGGGUAAAGAAAUCUGCCAUUCCCGAACUACCGUUGCCGGAAAGUUUGAAAAACUAUUUGCUACAGUACGGGCUGUAGAGCGAACUGCCACUUGACGGGUUCAGUUCCUGUAGAAUUUCCCCGGGCAACAAUGGAGACAGACGAUUGGUUUGUGCGCGUUAAAUACAUUUCAAUGGGAUAAUUCUGCCCGAAAGGAUUAACUUCAUUCCCAGUGAGAGAGAGAGAGCAUCGCAAUGUAAAAUUUGAAUCUCCCGCGUGGCGAUUGCUCGUAACACAGUGUCAAUCUAAUUUUUUUUCUAUCGUCACAAGGCGGGUUCUGAACCUAUGUCCAGUAUCGUGUAUUUUUUACUUAGCUUACAGGGUCUAUUUCUUAAUUAUUCCUCACCUUUAAGCAGGAAUUCAGUAUGAACGGGUCAUUAGUGAGGCGGAAAGGGUUUGUGUAUCCUCGGUUGGUUAAACAUAUUCGUACAUUCAAUACUUCCCCCUGCGCUGCACGCACUCAGUCACACUGAUGAGAUGAUUAAUAAACCCAGCCGCGCUAGAGUUUUCAAAGUAAUGUAUAACUGAAAUAUCAAUAUCUGUAGCUUUCCAUGCGUCAUGCAAGGACGAAAAGAGAUUGUUGUUGGUAUCGUCAUAAAAUAUAUUCACGCGAUGACUUUUCUGGUUGGUCUGGAACCGAAUGAUAAAAGGACAAAACAUACUAAAGUAACAAAUGGGACAAAUGGGUAGUGAUGGAACAGUUGUGAAAAGAAAUCGAUACAAACGAGCAAUAGGAACAAUUGCAAGCCGGUUUACAGAUGAUGCGGUGUAUAGAUAAUGAAAGUGGGGAAAAAACUGAUCGAGUGAAGGAAGAUAAAAAUGUCUCCCGUUUGUAGGAUUGUCCAAAAUUGUGAUUUUGUGUAUUGAAAGGUUUGGUUUUUUUAAACUAGAGAGUGCUGACGAGAUUGAUGAGAGAAGAGUAAUAAAUGUAGAAUAUCCCUACGAAUCAUUGGUAAACGUA